AUGGAGGCGUCCACCCACGGCUCGUGCUCCGGCUCCGGCUUUGGCAUCGACUCUCUGCUGUCCCACAGACCCGGAAGUCCGGUGGUGGUCGUCGCCAAGGGUAACGGCGGCUUGGAAGGAGAAUGCAGGUCUCCGCCGGAGUUUAGCGCCGCGUCGGACGCGGACAGCGUGUGCUCGAGCCCGCCGUCGCCGAGGCGCGAGGAGCACGAGGAAGACGAGGAGCGCGAGGCGCACGAGCAGAGGCGAGGCCGCGCGCUCGCGCUGCCGUCCCACACGCACCACGGCCCGGUGUCCGCUGCGCCCCAGCCGCGCACCGUCACCUCCUCCUUCCUGAUCAGAGACAUCCUGGCCGACUGUAAGCCGCUGGCUGCGUGCGCGCCGUAUUCCAGCAACGGGCAACCGACGCACGAGGCGAGCAGGUUAGCGUCUAAAGUGGCGGACGAGUUCAUCGAGAAAAUCCACAGCAACUCGUCUUCAGACGGAGAAUACAACAAAGUGAAAGAAGAAGGAGACAGAGAGAUUUCCAGCAGCAGAGACAGCCCCCAGGUGCGACUGAAGAAGCCGCGGAAAGCGCGCACCGCCUUCACCGACCACCAGCUCGCGCAGCUCGAGCGCAGCUUUGAGCGCCAGAAGUACCUGAGCGUGCAGGACCGCAUGGAGCUCGCGGCCUCUCUCAACCUCACCGACACGCAGGUGAAGACCUGGUACCAAAACAGGAGAACGAAAUGGAAGAGGCAGACGGCGGUGGGACUGGAACUCUUAGCGGAAGCCGGGAACUACUCGGCCCUACAGAGGAUGUUUCCGUCGCCGUAUUUCUACCCGCAAGGUCUGGUGUCGGGUCUAGACCCCGGAGCAGCCGCGCUGUCCUACCUGUGCCGGGGCGCCGGAGCUCCUCCCCCAUCUGCUCCCGCGGCUCUACAGCGGCCCCCGCUCGUACCGCGGAUUCUCCUGCACGGACUGCAGGGCGGACACGAGCAUCCGCCGCCUCUCCCCCCGCUUCCCGGGGUGGUACUGCCCAGACCCACCCCACCACGAUGAGCUCUCCCGGCUCGGACUUUUCUCUUAAGACCAUAGACUGGACACUUGGUCUAUACUUAUUAAGACACACACACACGCACGCACACACACACACACACACACACACAC